UGGUGGGAAGGAGGGGAUCCAAUGGUAAAAUUAACAAAGCGGGAUGUUACAGAGGGAGUCGCGGAAACACGGAGCCGCUCUUGCCCAGAGUUUGGAAGAUAUUCCCUCGAGUCGACAACCCCACACAGGUGUAGGUCCCACCCCGUACAUAAAAGUCCACCGUCAAAAUAGACCCCUUUAAUUAAUUAAAUCCAAAAUUAAACUCAACCACGGUUACUUUUUAACUUAACCCCAUUGCCCCUUCCUAAUUCCUAUUGUUUUUGUUCCCUCUCUGGCUCUCUUCUUGCCCACUUGCAUUUCUUCUUCUUCUUUUUCCAUUGGUUUCUCUUCCUUCCUCACUCACCAAACUCAACUAAGAAACACUCUCUUACAACCUUGGCCAGACUUAUUAUACUUCCCAGUCAACAAUCUACCUCUCUAUUACUUUAAUUAAUCAUCGGACGGUCCAGAUGAGCUGCAACGGUUGCAGAGUCCUCAGGAAGGGCUGCAGCGACAAGUGCGUUCUGAGGUCGUCACUGCACUGGAUUGACUCUCCAGAAGCCCAAGGCAACGCCACCUUGUUUCUCGCCAAGUUUUUCGGCCGCAGCGACCUCAUCUCCUUCAUCUCCGCCGUCCCUGACCAUCAACGCCCUGCGUUGUUUCAGUCACUUUUGUUCGAAGCGUGUGGCCGUACGGUUAAUCCAGUGAACGGAGCUGUAGGUCUUUUAUCGAGCGGGAACUGGCACGUGUGCCAGACGGCGGUGGAGACGGUGCUCUCUGGAGGAGUAUUGCGGCCGAUAGCUGGGAUUCUGACACAGAACGUCGACGAGUCUUCGGAAACGUACACUAGAAACGCAUGCAUGCUACCAAAUCUCUACUAUCCAUCUCUGCCGUCCAUCUACAAUCCAAAGCAAGGACAGCCGUUGGAUACGGACAUGUCUCUCUCAACAAAUUUUGGAACUGGAGGCAGAGGAAGAGCAUGGAGUUUCUCGGUGGAGAAACGGCUGAGGGAUUCAGUUUCAGUGAGUUCGGAAGAAUCGGUGAUCACAACGGGCGGCCUUGGAAUCGGUGAGCGAAAGGAACGGAAACUUCUGAACCUGUUUGUCUGAAUAUGUGAAUGAGGGAGAUAGAAAGAGAGAGAAAGAGGAGAGUAGUGGUGGUUGAUAAAAGUGGUGAGGAGUAGAAAGAAAGAAGUGAGUGAAUAAUAGUAAUUAUAUUAAUUAUAUAUGUGGUAUCGGAUAAAAUUACAUAAUGAGAGAGGCUUCUCUUGUUUCGACCGCCGGGAUUUUAAUCCUCCGGUGAGAUUUUGCAUAAAAUAUAUAUUUUCCAUUAUCUUCGA